CUUCGCAGGGAUGCCGGCCUACCGCCCAGGCCGGCCCCUGGGCUCAUUUAAAAGCAAACAGCUCAGUUCAGGAUUCGCACCCGAGGCCCUCGCACGUGAUGGCUCGGAUCUAAAGAGGAGUCAGAACUCUUAGAAACCCCUCUUAGGCUCCCAGCUUGGACCCAAGACUAUGCCUGCCCUAUACAGACCCCACCAGUGAAGGACAUCUUCAUGGAACAAGCAGAAGGUUCUAUAGGAAUGGCACAAGAGAAGCAUUGGGUGGAAAAGUUAUUUUCUCCUCAUUUUAACACACAGGAUUUUUUAAGUCAAACUCAUCAGCCCGAAUCUUGGUCUGAAAAACUGGCUUUGGACAGAGUAAAGAGAGUGGAAGAAAUCUACAAUUUGGCAAUUAAAAAGUUUCAAGAAGAAAAGAAACUUAAAAGGAACGAAUUCACUGCCCAACUAAUUGAACAAGAAUGGGUACCAAAGUUAACAGAGGGAGAGAUAAACAUUUCAAAGAAGGAAGUAGAUGGGAAUUGUGCCUGCCGGGGAGCCACUAAUUUAGGUCUUGGAACUGAAGAAAGCAUUGAGGAAACAGAGGGGUAUUGUAUCUGGAAUGCAAAGGAAUUAGCAGCUCUGCGACAAGAAAUGCACAAAAACCGUGCAGAAGGAAUUUCUCAAAAAAUUCAGCUGUCCUCCUUGAACGCAGAAAUGGAAGAACUGAAAGCCAAAUGCAGAAAGUUAGAAGUGGACUUUGAAAAUGCUGAAAAAGAACUUUUGAACUCCAAAAAAGAAAUCUGCUUUAAAACUCUUCAUUUACAACAGGUUCAAAGGGAUAAUUUGAGAAAAGAUAGAGAGCUUCAGGCUUUAAAAAGAGACUUAUCUGAAGAGGCAGGGAAUGUAAAAAACUUAACUAAAGCUCUCCUGCAAGCAAGAGAAGUUAUUCAGAAAUUAGAAUUAGAAAACGAAGAUUUAAAAGAAACUGUUAAAAAAUUAAAGCAACAAUCUGAGCUAGGUGGUGUUGCCAUGAAAGAAAAGAUGAAAUUGGACUAUGAUUUAAAGAUGAUGAAAAUAGAGAGAAAACUGGAAUCCAUCAAAAGUGAACUGGAAACUGAGAAAUCUUUGCAUGCUAAGAAUAGCAAGGCUCUAGAGCUAUUUAGAAAACACUUUUCUUCUCUACCUGUGAUGAGCACCCAUGAUAAUUUUAAAGUAGAUUUUCUAUAAAUUUCUAUAAAUUUUUAAAAAUCAAUGAAAUUGGAGCAUCAGGGUUAGGCUUGUAUGAUACAUUUAAAAAUCUAAAUUUGUUCAAUAUGUCAUAUGUGAGUGUUUGUGUUCCCCAACUUAAAUUCAGUGCAAAGAUGCCGUUUUUUUCCAAAUAUUUGCUCUGAACUCUUAUUUAAUGCAGUACAAAAUG